AUGGGAAACUGGGUGGUUAACCACUGGUUCUCAGCUUUGUUUCUGGUUGCUUGAUUGGGGCUGAAUGUUAUCCUAUUUGUAUAUGCCUUCUUGUCAUAUGAGAGGGCUGACAAAUACUACUACAUAAGAGAAAUCCUUGCGGUAAUGAUCACUUUACAUCUGUAAUUUUGCAGGUGUACACUGAGAAAGCAACUGGAUCACAGCCUCACCUUCCACAAGUUGGUGGCAUAUAUGAUCUGCCUCCAUUUAGCUAUUCACAUCAUCACACACCUGUUGAACUUUGAACACUAUAGCAGAAGCCGACAGCAGGCCACAAAUGGUUCCCUUGUCUCCAUUCUCUCCAGCCCAUCUCAUCAUGAGAAAGAGGGGGGUUCUUGGCUAAACCCCAUCCAGUACCCAAACAUGAUGAGUUGACAUUUCUUUCCCCAGACGGUGGAGUAUCUGAUAUUUACCAGCAUUGCUGUUCUCACUGGAAUGAUCAUCACAAUAUCCCUGGUUCUCAUGGUGACUUCAGCUAUGGAGUUUACCUACAGGAAUUAGUUUGAGGUCUUCUCUUACACACGUCACCUUUUUAUCAUCUACUUCAUUGGCUUAGUGAUUCAUGGUAUUGGUGGAAUUGUCCGGGAUCAAACCCAGGAGAGCGUGGAUGAGAGACAUUCUCAUAAGCGUGCAGAGUCUUUUGAGAAGUGGGAUGAUCUUGCCCACUGCAAACGCCCCCAAUUUGAAGGAUUCCCCACUGAGUCUUGGAAGUGGAUCCUUGUACCAGGUGUCCUUUACGUCUUUGAAAGGAUCCUCCGGUUUUAUUGCUCUCAGCAGAAGGUUGUGAUUACCAAGAUUGUCAUGUACCCAUCCAAAAUUCUGGAACUGCAGAUGAACAAGCAUGACUUCAGCAUGGAAGUGGGAUAUAUUUUUGUUAAUUGCCCCUUAAUCUCUCUCCUGGAGUGGCAUCCCUUUACUCUGACCUCUGCUCCAGAGGAGGAUUUCUUCUCCAUUCAUGUCUGAGCAGCAGGGGACUGGUCAGAAAAACUUAUAAGGGCUUCUGAACAGCAUUCACUGUUUCCCAGGAUUGAGGUGGAUGGUCCCUUUGGCACAGCUAGUGAGGAUGUUUGCCAGUAUGGUGGAAUGGUAAUUGGGGUCACCCCCUUUGCUUCUAUCUUGAAAUCCAUCCGUUACAAAUUCCAGCAUGCAGACCACAACCUUAAAACAAGAAUGAUCUACUUCUACUGGAUCUGCAGGGAGACAGGUGCCUUUGCCUGGUUCAGUGACCUUUUGGCUUCCCUGGAACAGGAGAUGGAGGACUUGGGCAAAGUGGGCUUUCUAAACUACCAUCUCUUCCUCACUGGAAGGGGCACCAAUAUUCUGAGUUCAGACAACACAUUAAUCCCCAUGCUGGUCAUUAAUGCUCACCCCAGGUCUGUGGUGGGGGUUUUCCUAUGUGGUCCUCAGACUUUGGCAAAGAGCCUGAGCAAAUGCUGUCACCAAUACUCCAGUCUGGAUCCUCGGAAGGUUCAAUUCUAUUUCAACAAAGAAAAUUUCUGAAUUACAAGGAUAAGGAUAGUAAUCUGCAACUCAUCUCUUCCUUAUAUCUUCAACAACUUAUUUGGCUUGGUCAGGUUUGGGCAGCCACUUAGGGAAAAUAAUGUGUCUCUCAAGUCUUGACUCCUUGGCAUUCUUUUUUGAUUGCAUGAAACUUCAUUAUACCUGAGCUCCGCCAACCCAAGAAAUUUAGAAUUCACAGUAAUUGCAAAGCCCAUGGAUCCUUUAUUAGAAAAAUUACCAUAAAUCCUUCUGG